CGUCAGUGAGCUGCAUUCACUGUCACAAACAACAGUACAAACCUGAAAAAGUGUUUGGGAUUCGAGCUCCAGAACCAUGAAUUGGUUGCGGACAUAAUUGAUAUCCAAAUACCAACUUUGUUGUUAAAGCUUAUGAGAAGAAAUAAUCGUCACCGUGCAGAUUUAUCGAUAACCGGACAGAAUGGCUUCCCGUGGGAACUUAGAAACAGGGAAACUAAGGCAGAAUAUGGAAGAGCAGCUCGAUAGACUGAUGCAGCAGCUUCAGGAUCUGGAGGAAUGCAGAGAGGAGCUGGAUGAGGAAGAGUAUGAAGAAACAAAGAAAGAAACCCUGGAGCAGCUGAGUGAAUUUAAUGACUCUCUGAAGAAGAUCUUGAAAGGAGACAUGACGCUGGUUGAUGAACUCGGAGGGAUGCAGCUGGCCAUCCAGGCUGCCAUCAGCCAGGCAUUCAAAACACCAGAGGUGAUCCGUCUGUUUGCUAAGAAGCAGCCAGGUCAGCUGAGGACAAGACUGGCUGAGAUGGACCGUGAUGUCAUGGUGGGCAAACUGUCACGUGAUGUGUACACACAACAAAAAGUAGAAAUUCUCACAGCCUUGAGAAAACUGGGAGAGAAGCUUACUGCUGAAGAUGAGACUUUUCUCAGUGAGAAUGCCACAGCAAGCCUGAGCCAGUUUGAAAAAGUGACUGGAAACAUGGGUUCAGAAGACAAAAUCAUGGCUUUAGCCAGCUCUGGAGUGAAAACCAAGACAUAGCCAUUUUUACCAAAUACUGAUUUUCACACUGUUUACACGAUUAAGUGUUGUGCCAAUUGAUGUUAAUUUUGUAAACAGCUGUUGCACUUGUGUGUGUGUGUGUUGCUGUGAAAGCUAAUACUUUUAAACGACUUGGUUUUAUACUUCACACACUUUUUAGUUAAUGUCUUAUUUGUCCAGAUAGUAUUGUAAAUUGUAUUAUAAUGUAGGUACGAACGCAGGUGUUCUUGUAUGUGUGGUUUAAACGGCGCUGUUUAAAGAUGCCUGCUUGCUGUGCAUGUGCUGUAUUUUCUUCAGUCAUGUCAUUUUAAUAAAAGUGUGUCAAGAA